AUGGACACUUCAAAAAAACACAAAAAUCGUUGGAUUAUUUAUGAGACAGAAGUACCACACAGCAGGUUUUGGUGAGUUUAAUGUAUCAUUUUCUUAUUCACCUGAUCAUGAUAUAAAAAAGAUUUUUUUUUUACAAUUUCUUUUCAGUUUUUUGUGUCACUGUACCUUAUACAACAAAGCCAUAUAAUAGCAUCUUUAUUUGCAUUUUGGCCCUGCAUCUGCAUUUACAUUUCUUUGAUUCAGAAAAGCAUUUCUUCCUCUUAAGCACUGACAAUCCCUCCAUCAAAAGCUCAAACAGGUCUGCCUUUUUGCUCCCUCUCUAGCACAUAAUUCACUUUAUCAGUUAAUUAUUUUUCAGCUCCAUUAGUGCCAGUCGGCUGUAACAAAUGGCUUUAAUGUAAAGAGGCACUCAUGAGUGUCCUAAUGGACCAGGUUGGAUAUGUGACUUAUUGUUGCAGGGAACAGUUACCCUGAGCAACAGGGCCACACAGGGGCUACUGGUGCAAGGAAGGAUUUUUUUAAUAACUACCUCCCAAACCUCAAUAACCCUCCUAUCAUUUACUCUUUAUUGGAAACAUUUACCAACUGUGCACAAUUGGGCUGUUGAAUUAGGACACAUUCUCAUGAUUAAUUUACAUCAUUAGGGACUGAGCAAUGUGACAUGAGGCCUUUUGUGAUGGCAGAGCAACGUGUUUUACCUAAGCUGCCACCAGAGAGCGCUGUUUUCAUUCUACAUUAAUUCAAUGACAAACUUUAAUGACAAACAUAACUAAAGGAAUCAGAACCUUGAUGGGUGAGUGAGGUACCAUGGUACCAAAUUUUCUCAGAUUUACCUCUCUGUUAGCUUUGUUCCUACCACAAAUGAGAGUCACUCCACUGUUAAUUUUUAAUGCUUACAGCUGUAAACUUAUAUGAGUUUGCUCAUAAGUUUUAGCAGAACAACAUUAACAGCUCCUGAUGGUAGUUUUUUUUGUUUUGUUUUACACGUUUGUUUAAAUAUGUCAAGAUACCUUAAAUUUUGCCUUGUUGACAGAUUCUUAUACUGAAUAUCCCAUUAAUGUUUGUUACAAAUACAGUCUCGAAAGUGCUUCAUGGUGCUGGUCCUGUUUGGAUGUGAUUAGUGGUACCAUGAAUAACUCCUUACAUAAAGGCUAAGCUAACAUCAGCUGCAGAUCGGUUAGCAGCCCACAGCCGAAAGCUUGAGAGACUCAAAAUGUUUCACCCAUUACUGCUUUCUUUUGUUUCUUUGAUUUUCCCUUUUCCUUCUUUGUAUUUCUUACUUGAACAAUAAUGGUUUUACCUCAGAGAGAGGUUACAGUGGAAAAGCCACAUUUACUAACAUUUUACUGGUUUAGCUUUAACUCUCUGCUGCCAGGUGCCACUAGGGGUCGCUCCUGUUUUUGGUACGCUACCAGUAUGCUAAGAAACAUUUAUUUAUUGACAUCUAAAUGCAACAAAGUUAUGCUAAUAAAUUGUUGUAUUCAUUUAUCUAACUUAUCUUUCAUUUGUAUUGAUAGUGUGUUUGUUUCGGUGCCUCUGUGAUGACCAAAGUGCUUAAGCACCAGCUAGUGACCGCUUAGCUUAGCAACAGGAGCUAGGCUAACAGAUGCAUCAUAAUCCCAUUUUACCAAAACUUUUGCAUUGAGGAUUUGCGUUUGAUUGCUCAUUAGUUGCUUUUAAUGUUUUGGGGAUUUUCUGGGGGGGGGGGGGGUUAGGGGGGCAUUUUACUGGCGUGGAUAGCAGUUGGCCAAGCUACUAUAGUCAGUCAAACCUUUCAUAGCAGAUACCACAAAUAGCAGCAAUGUCAGUCAUAUGCAUGUCAUGCCAUGCCAUUUAUCCCCUAAUGCCACUGCUAUGAAAUUCGGCAUGCAAUCAUUCACCUUUUAGCCUCGUGGUGUUAAAAUCAUAUUGUUUUCUUUGUACUCUUCUUUACUCUCCUCUGCAGUGAUGCAGCUAGUGGAGUCAGCCCUGCAGAGAAGCUAACUACAACUCACCUGCAGCUCCUGAGAAAUGUUUUUACCUGUCCAAGAGAUGGAGCCCAGGUCCAUCAAAACAGGCCGUGUGAAAGAAGACGAGAGAACAGAGGGGGAAAGGAAGAGCAAGGAAUGAAGUUAGAAGAGUUUAGAGAAGUUGUUAAGUCUGUAGUGGGUUCUGAUAUAGAGGAUUCAUGGAUUGAGAGAUUUUUUAAUGAGGUAAGGAAAAAACAGAUUUCUUUGUGAUAAAAAUUAAAAAUGAAAGACUGAAGGCUACUGUUAGUCUUUGAACUGCUUCAUAUCCAGGUAGAUUGUUGCUGUAGUGGGGAGAUGAGCUGGCAGAAGCUGGUUUCCUACCUGCAGUUGGAGUACACUGAAAGAGAGCGCUCCUCUAUCCCCAGAUCAGCUCUCUUGGACACCAAGCCACAAAUCAUACACUGUCUCCACAACAAGGUAGGAUUAAAGUUCCAUUUUCUCCAAUGUUUGUUGAAGAAAUCAACAUUUAACAGAUUACUGACAGGCCUGCUGAAGAGACUAACAUUAAUAGUCAUUAACAGACACAGUAAGGGGCUGAAAAGUCAUUUUCAAAAGUGUUUCUUUGCUUUUGCUUUACAGUAUGUGUGACUGUCUGAUGUUUGCUAUCAGCCCUGUUAGCCAGAUGUAUGGCUGCUGUAUUUAAGCAUAAAUAAUUCGGCAUAUAAAGCACAAGCCUUUAUUAAUAGUAAAUUAGAAACAUAAGCUGAAAUAUUUAUUGUCUUGAUGUAAUGUUUCUUGAAGCAUCUGUUGGAAGUUAUGCUAAGCGUAGCUAUAUUUCAUCCCACAGUACUCAGUUUUUCGAGUCAUUUCCAUCUUUCUAAAACUCUUUUUUUUUCUUACACUAACACUUUCAUUUCUCCACUGACCUUUUUCAAUAAUUAUCUUUAAACUCUUUCCUCUGCAGCGGCAGCCGACAGUUCGUGUGCUUGCUGUUUCCCAUCCUCCCCCUCUCCGCUACAUUAGUGUCAGUAAGGGGGGUCAGGUCACCGUCUGGAACAGCAGCCUACACAUCCUCAAAAGUGCAGGGGUGAGUGACAUCGUUGUACUAUUUUUACAUCCAGACAAAUGUUUAACACCCUCCACACUUUUCAUUUCAAACUUAAUUAAUCCAGCUUGCUGGAGACUUGACAGAAGAAGUGGCCAACACUAGGAGAUUCAGAGGCUGGACUACAGAUGCUGUCUACAUGGGCAACUUCCACAAGGUUGCCAUAGCAACUGACUGCAGGGACUUGCACUUUGUGGACAUCUCAACUGCCAGUGUGUUUGAAGAUGUCCAGCUGUUUGGUGAAGUAGCUUUGUUUGCAGUGUACUAAACUGAGAUGAUACUAAAAUAAGUUGCAAAUCAAAACUCUGAAUUUAAAAGAAACUCUUUUUCUUUUUUUCAGGGUUUCGUAGUGUCCCCACUGCUCUUUGUUACUGGCAUGAUGCUCAGGUAGGACCACUCUACAACAGAUAUUACAGAUAUUUUUUAAGUGGGAAAAUUCAUUCUUAACAAAAUUAAAUGAUCUGUUUACUACUUGACUUAGCAUCUUGAACAACCAUCUCUGCUGCUACUGGGGGAUGAAAAGGGAGGAAUCCACCUCAUGCGGUUCCUGAGCCCACCCAAAGGCCUUUUCAAGAGUCGCUAUAAGAGAGAAAAACAUCCACAGAGGAUCUUCCUCCCAGUGAGCUUGACCUUUUCCAUUACAAUACUCAGCUAAGUCUCUUGAUCAUUCAGGGAAACAGUGUGGGAUUUGUUUAUUAUUAUUAUUAUUUAGCAUUUAUUGUUUUCCAUUGUGACAACAGGACCUUCAUGAACACAGCGACAUGGUCACCUACAGUCACUUUCCAAAUGUCCACAAGGAACCAAUCAACAGAGUGAUGUUCGAGCCCAGAACCAACGUUGUUAUGGCAUCAUCAGAAAGUGACGACACAUCUGUUGUCUUUAUGAAUAUUUCACUGAAGCAGGAGCCUUACAUUUGGAAAGUUAAACAGGUAACUGGCUAUAAUAACCUGAAGCUGUAUAGGAGGCCAUUCAUUAUAGAUAACUGAGUGGUGCAUCUUCCAUAGGUCGUUCACCAAAUCUCAUCCUAUAUAUUGUGACAGGUAAAUAUUAAAAUCAAGUAUGUGGUCAUGCAGUUGAAGUAUUGACUCAUUAUUAUAUGAGCAACAGUAUGAGAAAAAACAGUCUGAAAACAAACAGACUGUAGGAGUUUUAUCUGCUUCUGAAGUGGAUCAAGGUCAGACUGACCCUUGUGGGUCACAGCAUCCUGUUGUGGGUGACAUUGACCUACCUGAGAGGGCUGUGGUCAUGGUAACAUGGCCAGGGCUAAAGCCAUCUGAACUGUUACAAAAUUAUUGUUUUUUUUUUCUUUUUUGACAGUGUUUGAGAGUAAUAGAUUAAAUUAAAUAUAAGUAGUAGUUUAAAUGUAGUAUGUUAUAGUUUUUUUUAUAAUUCAGCAACUUUCAUUUAUGCAAAUAGCUUUUAUUUAAUUCAAUGACUUCUCUGUCAUUUUUUUGUGUCCUUAACCUCUGAACUACAACUUUGUGAUGAUUUUUUUCUCUUUUUCCUCAGUUUGGUAAUGGCUUUUAAACGUAUAUGACUCCCUGUCACAAGUCUGGUCAAACAUUUUCUCCUACAUUUCUGUGUAGACAUGCGUAUCACACUGAUAAUUAUUUUGAUUACGUCUUUUUUGUCUAUUAAUUUUUAGAGAAGGUGAUACACACAACUCUGAUUGUUUAUCAAUGAUAGAAACAAAAAUAAUACUCCUCAAACUUUUUAUUUUUAAAAGGGUUUUUUUUUUUCCAUGUUUUUUCCUGCUUAAGUCACAGAGUCUCAGUGGCAUUCCCCACCUGCAUUGGCUCUAGUUCUGACGCUCUUUUUUUAAUCAGGCUGUAAACAUGUUUAACUCUGCUCCAGUCUUCUUUAAUGCAGGUUUUGAAGGUCAUGGCUCAUGGAUGCACGAGGAACUGCUGUUUUAUGCACUCCUGCAUAGACUUAAUCAGUCAACACAGGAAGUUGGCUCUUCUAUGUGUAAAAAAUAGACUCUUCUUUUAAUCCGGAGGCACCAUUUUAUUUUUCCUGGCAUGUCACAUUUUUGCAGUGUGAAAUUUGUCUUAAUGUGUAUUACUUGGUCAUCAUCAAUUAGGAAUUUUUUACUAAGUAGUCUAAAAUACAUUUUCUGAAUCGUUCAAGUAAACCACACUAACCAGAGCGGCUUUGCUGUGGUUUAACUUCUUCCAUUUGGAAGUCAUUUAUAGGUUGCUUUUAAAGUAGCGCCCCCCGCACUGGAUUUAGUCCCACCGGUUUAAUCAAAUGGAAUAAGUAAGACACAGACAGGUCACAAGUCCCUUUUCUUUCACUAUGACUCCUCCAAGGCAUUCAGAGGCCAACAUUGCCACAGUCUGUGGAGAAAAGAAGUAAUGCUUUUGCACAAAACUUUUAUUAAAGUGGGUGGUGAAGCUUCCUGUUAUUCACUAGAGUUUUUAUGAAGGCGUUCACUAAUUUUAUACUCCACUUUGCUGUCUGGAGGUUUUAACAAUGAACCCGCCCAAAAGAAAUUCCCCUGUGGAGCUUUAUUUCUAUUAUUUGAUUCACUCGCUUUUGUAUGUUUCUGUCUAUACAAAAAAAAAUAUUCUUGGUAAGGACUUUGUCUUAUGUCUCUUUUCAGGGAUCUAAAUGUUUCGACUAUAGCGAAUCUCUGCAGCUGAUGGCGACAGGCGGGUGUGACAGAACAAUCACACUGUGGACUCGGUUUGUGACCUCAAGUCCUGUAGCUACACUGCGGGGUCACAAAAACCCUGUGCUGGACGUUGCAAUCUAUGAACCAGUUGAGCAGAUUUUAAGCUACUCCAGAGAUGCUGUGAGUCAAUAGAUAGAAACUAAUGAUGGAAAAAUAAUUGAAAAUGCCUUUUAAUAAACAGAAAAAAUAUAGACAAUAUAAUAAAAUUGAAACACCAAAUACUGCGCUUUUAACAUCUUAUGUUUGGUGUUCUUACAUAAGGAAAAUGAUUAAGAUUCAGACAACGAAGCGUAUUACCAUAAAACGGAAAAUCAAAAAGUUUAUUGUAAAUUUUACACCAAAAAUCUGACAAAAUCAGGUGCAACUAACAAAACACUGAUGAUGAUGAUAAUAAUAAUAAUAACAACAAGAAGAAGAAGAAAAUUUAAGAUGAUAAUGAUGAAACUGCAGUUUAACAAGUAUCAAUUGAAACAGGCUCCAAAAGCUAAGAAAUAACUACUUGAAAUAAGAACAUUUUUUUCUAGCAAAAUUUAAUAUGUUUACAGCUUACUUCAAAAACACUUUCUUUCUUAUGGCUCAUUUCUCUGAUAUCUAAAAUUAAAAUGUUACACAGCGAGUUAUUUGUUUUCCAACUUUAAAGUUCAUUGUGUUCUUAAUGUUCCCUUUCUUUAUGUAACAAGUUUGUUAAGGCUGAGAGUGGCAUAAUUAGGUGCAUGGCUUAUUUUAGAGGUGGGUGCAGUCUGACGUCUGGUUCACACUGGAAGCGCCGCGCGCGGAACGGAAGCGCCGCGCACAGAGUUUCGGAUCGGCGCCCAUGUUAACCUAUGAGACUGUUCACGUCUGGUUCACACUGGAAGCGCCGCGCGCGGAACGGAAGCGCCGCGCACAGAGUUUCGGAUCGGCGCCCAUGUUAACCUAUGAGACUGUUCACACAGCACGCGCGCGGAAGCGCCGCGCGCGGAACGGCUCGCGCUCUGGAGCGCGGGUGCUCCGCUUCUCUCUAUUUUCGGCGCGAGCCGCGAGCGCCGAUGUAAAGCUCAACAGAGCAGAUCGGACCAGACAGGAAGUCAGGAAGGAGAUGCGAGAGAAUCCGGUCAAUUUUCAAAAUAAAGUAAAUUUCAAUAAAUUAGAAAAGGAUUUACGGUGUUGCUUGUCAGUCUAUUUUUUUUACCGAUGAACACACACACACACACACACACACACACACACACACACACACACACAAACACACACACGGAGGGAGAGCUGCAGAGAUUCAGUGAUGUUAUUGAGACAAAGAGGGGGGGGACUUUAUUACGAUACAGUCAAUAGCCUCGAGCUAACAAGGCUAUACAUACAACGGAGUCAACAGACUCCCCAAUUUAUUCGUCGUUUACCCCUAUAUAAUAAUUUAAAACAUUACUUGAAGAUGCUGUCAAUAUUUAAUUCAUGGAUGACGAAAUAAAAACGUAAAUAAAUAGUGAUUUACCCAUUUUUAAAGCGCUCGUAAGUGUGGAAAACUGAGGGCAGACGGAAACGGCCGAGCACUACCGGGCUCAGUCGAUGUCUGACCGGCAUGUCAGAGCGCAGCAGAAAGCGCUUCCUGUGUGAACAGCCAAGCGCGAGCCGGCGCUGCGCGCGCGCGCGGCGCUUCCGUUCCGCGCGCGGCGCUUCCUGUGUGAACCAGGCUGGUUCACACAGGAAGCUGGUUCACAAAUUGGGGAGUCUGUUGACUCCGUUGUAUGUAUAGCCUUGUUAGCUCGAGGCUAUUGACUGUAUCGUAAUAAAGUCCCCCCCCCUCUUUGUCUCAAUAACAUCACUGAAUCUCUGCAGCUCUCCCUCCGUGUGUGUGUUUGUGUGUGUGUGUGUGUGUGUGUGUGUGUGUGUGUGUGUGUGUGUGUGUGUGUUCAUCGGUAAAAAAAAUAGACUGACAAGCAACACCGUAAAUCCUUUUCUAAUUUAUUGAAAUUUACUUUAUUUUGAAAAUUGACCGGAUUCUCUCGCAUCUCCUUCCUGACUUCCUGUCUGGUCCGAUCUGCUCUGUUGAGCUUUACAUCGGCGCUCGCGGCUCGCGCCGAAAAUAGAGAGAAGCGGAGCACCCGCGCUCCAGAGCGCGAGCCGUUCCGCGCGCGGCGCUUCCGCGCGCGUGCUGUGUGUCCGUGGCCUUAGCUCGACUGAGAUUGGUCAAAAAUUUUGAGUUUAAAUAAAUAUUUAUAUCCAGGUGAACACCAGGUACCAAAGUCACUGGAAAUUCAUUCAUCCUUCAUAUCCAUCAAUCAAUCAAUCAAUCAAUCAAUCAAUCAAUCAAUCAAUCAGCCUUUCAGCAUUUAUCAAGUUACAGUGGAGAGAAAAAACUUUCAAAAGGCAGAAACCUCGAGCAGAACCCAAUUCAUGUUAGACAGCUAUCUGCUGAGACUACAUCAGGAUUAGACAGGCGAUAAAGGGAGACACAGAAAGAGACAGAUAGAAACAAACAACAAUAACACAAAAGUGAAUGCAGAUGUCUGAUUACAAUACCAGAGAUGGUGGAAAAAUUGUGUUUACCAUUUAGAGGAACAGCAUAUUUUAAUAACAGACUGAUCUUAGUCUGAUUUAUGGAAAAUUAAAGACACAGAGUCUACAGUGAAAGCACAGCAGUGAUAUCAUUUGUAACAAUGCAGUUGAGGUAAAUAAUGGGGGUUGGAAUUGAUUCACCGAUGCUGAUAAAUGAUUAUUAGUUUAACAAAGCAAUCCUAUAAACAGUGAAAGAAAAAUCAGGCACAAAGAAGAAUGAGAAUAUGCAAGGAGCAAUUAACAGAUUAAAUAUUAAUUAUUGUAGGAACAAAUAAGGGUAUCAAAAUGAUUAAACUUAACAAGGGAGAGGCAAAAAGAAUGGAUAACUGCUUUAUUCCAUUGUGCAUAUUAAAAAAAAAUCCUGCAGUAUAUUUUGUUUUGCAAUAUACGUUAACAAAGCUCCACAGAGGCUGUAAAGAAGUUUGAAUAACAAAGAGUUAGCUAUGUAGAGUCAUCCAAAACCCCUUAGAGAAUUGUAAACCCAUAAAAGAGCUUUAAAAUCAGUCAUGAAAGCAGAUUAGCUUCAACUCUUUUUAAUGUUCUAAUGAAAAGUCUGGUGGUAGAUUUCUGAUUCAAUCGUACUUUAUCAGCUUUAAUACUUCAUUUUUAAGUGACAGGAGGUUACUUUGUUCAUCGUCUCCGUUAAUUUACUUUAAGCAGAUUUAUUGCUUUCAUUAAAAAUCCCUUUGGCUGAUGUUUUGUUAUUUGUGUCUUUUUCAGGAGUUAAGAGUUUGGGACAUUUCCAGUCAUCAGUGUCUGAAAAUUCUCCGCCUGCAUUUCCCCUGUCUACAGCCAGGUCGACUCCUGGAACACGGGAAUUUCCCCUUCCUGCUUCUCCAUCGCUCUCCUCUUCUUCAGCAUGACCAGCCUCAUUUAAUCAUUGCAUGCAAAGAUUACCUCGCUCUGCUUCAUCUGUGUGACACAAGAAGAGGAGCAGGCGGGUGGUUGACAGAUGAAGGAGAGGAACGUAGACAGAGUGUUGACAGCGGUCCUGCCCUCUCCUGUGCUCUGUAUAACUCCACUCUGAGACAGGUGGUGAGUGGACAUGUUGACUCAUCUGUAUGUGUGUGGGACGUGGAGACAGGGAGGAAGAGGCUGAAGAUUGAGAACGCACAUGGGGAGGAAGAACUCACUUGCAUGACACUAGACUCCUCUCACAGAAGACUGAUCACAGGGGCCUCCAAUGGCACCAUUAAGGUCAAAAAUCUGUUCAAACUCUGGAUUUAAUUUGUAUCAAAUAUAAGCAGAAAUAAUUGCUUGUUAAUGCGUUGAUUCCCCUUUGAGCAGGUGUGGAACUUAUUAAAUGGCCUCAACUUGCACAAGCUGGAACCUGUCACCCAGUCUGAAGUCAGCGGGUUUACCUGUCUCCAUGACAACCAGCUGCUGGCUGUAGGGGGGAGCCAAUGGAUCAUUCAGUACAACAUUUCAGCCACCAAGGUAAAAUAAAAAAUGAUCUUUUUAUCUUGACAACUUGAAAGUUCUUCCUGUGCAGAAAUGACUGAGGCUAGCUUUUGCUACUUAGCGUCUGCUUUAAUAUAUAUUAGGAAUCAUGUGAUGGAACGGUCUCAGGUUGCCAUAAUCAGUGCAGAACAUAAACAGUUACAUUUAGGCUGUUGUUGAACCAAAGACACAAAAACGUGCCUCUUUGGGAAGACAAAAUAGUUUUGACUGUCCUUACACAACCAAAAGAAUAUACACAAAUUUUUCGAAGACAUACUGGAUCAGCAAAGUGCAGAGCAGAGAUGAAGUGAAGGUUAACAUGAACAAGAUUUUGUCCUUACAAGAGAACCUGCUAUCAGUUUAAGGCCAAGUCUCGCCAAGUUAUCUGAAUGAGCUGUUCAGGAGGGUUAGAAAACACUGCUGGGCAUUUUACCAACAUCCAUGUACCUCACUGCUGUGAAACUUCACUGAGGUUUGAUAUGGACAUCCAAAAUUGUCACAUUAUGUAUCUAUGUAUUCCAACACAGAUCAGCAUUAUUGAUUUGAUGAGAGAUGAUUCAUCCUGAAUGUGUGUUAGAAAUUAGAGUCCUGUCAGGGUGAGAAGGACCUUUGGCUGCAGAAACUAACAUUUUUGCCACAGUGCCAACAGGCAGAAGUGAAAUGUGACAGACUCUGUUGCACCGAUUGAUUUGAUGUGACAUGUGCGACUAGGUUAUUCCUGGCAGCGUUUACUAUUGAGAUCAGAAACAGUUGUAAAGGGUUUGUUCAUGUGUAAUAUAUUCCUCUAAACACUGAUAGAAGGAAAUGCUAAUGGAACCCGGUGUUUCAGGGAUUUUUAAGCUCUUGUGAGAGGUUUUAACUGGUUGUAAAACAGACUAAAACUUAGAACUGAUACCUCUAUAUGACCUACCAAAGCAGACCAGACCAUCAGCAAGAGGAUUACAUCUAUGUACUCAUUUUCAUUGUCUGAAACUGCUACAAGAGGGGAAUGUGUCAGCUGAGGAACUUGACCACAAAAAAGCAUUAUGGAAUUUCUUUGUCAGAAAACACUGUUAAGCGCACAGAGAGGAUAAAAGCAAAUAGAUAAGAGGUAUGGCUUUGUCCAGAGGGGUAGCAAAAAUUUGCAAAAACUGAUGAAAAAACUGACUCCUCAAAGAGUUUAAAGUCGUUUCAAAAGAUCUUUUUAAAAAUUCUUUAUUCACCUUUUUUUAAGUAAAUUUUUGGGUGAUUUUUUUGCUUUAAAUGGAUAGGGUAGUGUGAAAACAUGGGAGAUAGAAAAAGAGGGGAGGGCAUGCAGCACAUAGUAGAGGCCACUGAGAGGACCAUAGUCUCCAAAGGGUGCUCUAACUGGUUAUUCAUCAUUUUUAGCAUACAUAUUUAUAUUUGUUGUUUGACAGCUGUCUUCUACUGUCUGUCUUCUCUUUAUCUUAUUUUUUUGUUGCAACAACCUGUGGUUUACGGUCCGAUAUGAGGAGACUAUAAGUCAUGAUGAAAAUUUUCUCUCCAAGUCAAAUCAUCCACAGGUUCAAGCAAAGUGAAGAGCAUUCAGAGAGAAUAACACACAAAUAAGCAAAAUUAAAGAUAUACUUCCAUUUUUUAAGCUUUAGGCAUGUCUAAAGAAAAAGAAGCUGAAUUUAAAAGUUCAAAAAUGGCUUUAUUAAAAAAGUAUCAGCAGAGGUUAUUACUUCCUGGACAUAAAGAAGGCACCAUCCUUUUAAAGAGAAAAUCACAGCAUUAAAUACAUCUCUAAAGCUUCUCACUGACAGGUGAUUCUGGGAAGUGUCGCACACACAGUCACUAAUGACCCAAUAGCUUAAAAACAUCAAGACCCACACGUCAGCAGUCCUACCCUUCACACUUUGUCUGGUCCACAAGUUCUUCCCCAGAUGUUGAAUGCUGGAUGAUGAGUACCAAACAAACAGCUGUCCCCAUAGUGACUAAUCUGGUGGAGGCUUAAAACGCAGAGUUUUGCUUAAGAAUGCAGACAACAGUUUAAGCUUUAGAUGACUUUAGCCACAGAAAAAAAAUAUCCUGCAAAAAUAAUGAAGUCUGACUCUUUGUGUCUUUUAAUGCCCAUAGAAAAAUGUCGGGAACUUUUCAGAGCAUUAAAAAGAUUCACUGCAUCCACCCACACAUUUAUACACACUGACCCUCAGGUCUAAAGAAAUAAAGAUGAAGUACUCUCAGUGCCAGAAUCAACACCAGCAUGAACUGUUAAACCAAUGUCUGGGUGUGCAGACUUACAUAUUUUCACACCUCAAAUUCUUGUGCUACGUUUUACCUCUGAACCUUGAAACAUGUCUGCUCUGUGGUUACAUUCAUCCCUGGAAGGCUACAGUCGUAACAUUCAACAUUCAUGCUUCUCCAGCACAUUUUCAAUCCUGUUUCUACACACUCAUGAUGUUUUCAUUUUAAAGCCCCCCUGUGUAAGCAGAGCCAGGCCUCUAAGAAAACAUUUAUAGGCAAAAAAGGAGUAAAAGAUAUCAGACGAUGACGCAGAAUCCCAUCCGGAUAAUAAAAAAAAAAAGGCUGCACCACACUAGAAAUCUGCUCAUGUACUUCUCUGACGUCUUUUUGAAAGCUCUGACCACAACACUGUAGCCUUGAGGUGUAAACAAAAUCAGUAAACCAGAGCAGGAAAUAGAGCAGCUUUCCACAAGGCAACACAAACAAUUACACACACUCUCAGACCAUUUGUAAACUGUCACAGGAUGGGAAUUCAUGUGCAAGAGUUUCACAUUUUCAGGUAAAAAAAGGAGCCUGAUGACAGCAGAAUAAGUUGUAUUUCUGUAAAGCUUUCUUUCCUAGCACCAACCUGCGAAACAUGAUCAAUUGCAAUCAUAUCACGGUGUAAAAAUGCUGAUGAUUAAAUUGUAAAUGUAUGUUUUUUUAAAGGAUUUGUAUGUGAGAGCAGACAUGACCUGGAAAUCCAGUCGAGUACACAAGUCUGACAUCCUGGGUGUGUGUCAGUGCUCUGCUCUGGGGGUCAUUGCCACAGCGAGCUACGAUGGAGAGGUCAUCAUCUGGAAGCUGGAGACUCAAGGACCACUGUUUCAUCUACAGAGAAAAACAGAGAGAGAGUGAGAGACUCAGCAACAGUGUUUGACACUUUGAUUAUGAUUCUGUCUCAGUGUAGAGUUAUCUUGAAUGAAACAAAGACGGUCUUCAUUUCGUGCUUCACUUGUAUGAUCAUUUACACUGACACACUGCAAAAGAGUGAGAACAAGUUUAUGAAGCUGGAUUAUUUCCCUGUUUCUUUCCCAAUUUAUUCUCAUGUUACCAUCCAGAAUAUCCUGACAUUUUGUUUAUUCAAACCUGCUCCGUCCUACCAAAUAACAACUUAAAAAUGCUACCUGCAUGUUGAUCCAGCUUUGAAAAGAUCCUCUUGAUAUUUUCAAAGUUACAGGGUGAAUUUUUCUGCUUAUUUAUACUUGAACUUUUAAAACAUUUUGUUAAUAUUUCUAAUAUUUUUGUGCAUUUACAAAAAAGUCGAAAUGUUUUAUGUCAAUCUUCAAUGUGGCAGGUAUUUAGGGCUGUUUAAAGAUUAGUAGGAGGGGCGUAAUGCUGCGUUCGAGUUACCUCGGAAGUCAGAUGUCGGAGUUGAAAAUGAUAUCACACCCGAGUUACCAGCAUUUGAUGGCAACAUCUAUGAAAGUAAUUUUAGCGCUUGCCUUGUCCUUGUUAUAUUUGGACAAGGCAGGCGCUAAAAUAACUUUGGAAGAUGUAGCCACCUUGUUUUAGCCUCCGAUUUUGCUUUUUUCCAACUUGGUAACUGCAGUGCUGGUAACUCGUGUGUGACGUCAUUUUAAGCUCAGACAUCUGACUUCCAAGGUAACUUGAACGCAGCAUGAGACCUGCUCAAUUUGUGAUGUCACAGAUGGAGGAAUCUCGUGAUGAUCAUCACACUUACCAAAAAGAAAUGUUCUGCUCUGUUUUCUGAACUCACUCAAAUUCAGUGUCUGAAAUACCCAACCAUACUUCACAAUUUGUCAUUUCGAAAUAGAGAAACAACAGUAAACGUUUGUUUGUUCAAUUUCCUGAUUGUUGUUUUCCUUGUGUUUAUUUGCAUCCAGAGCUUUGCCCCCUGUGGACUGCCUCUUAUUCCUGCAGCACCGAGCUGGAAACAGAAAGCUCAGAAAUAGAGGUGUCCUGGUGUCAUCCCAGGCCGGCACUCUCCGCUUCUGGAGCGUCACUGGACAGACGUACAUUUACGGUGAGGAGUGAGCACUCAAAAGAGCAGCAUUUAAAAAGGAGACAGACUUAAAUAUUGGUAGAAAUCGCUCUUUAUAAGCGGGUUGGAAGCACCAAACAGCUCAAGUGUUUUACAAGCAGCUGUCAGUUUUAAUGAUCCUCCCCUUCAAGAUGGAUUUACAGACAGACAGAGCAGUGACAGUCGGGCUGAACUGUCGACUUGGCCCCCAGCCUCCACCAUUCCUGGCAGCCCACAACUAUUUCUCUUUCCAGAUCCCAUCUGUGUUUAGUGGUGAAGGAUUCAUGCCCUGUAACCGCCGCAUAUGUGUACGAGCAUGCAUGGGUGUACGAGCGAGCCCCAUGCAUUCAUGUGUGUGUGUGUUUUUGUGUGGAAGCCUCUAUACAGAAUGUAUCCAGGCAUUUUCUAGCAGAGAGGAAUUUGAGAGUGUGCCAUAAGGGAUGUGUGACAUAACAAAAAAGGGCAGCUUUGGUCUCAAAAGUACAGCUGUCAUAGAAGUCAAGAAGAUUCUCUUCAAACUGAACUAAAAAUGGUUGUAUUUUCUUGAAUGCAACUUCAAUAAAGACUCAGUGAUUAAAGAUAUUUGAAGAAAACAAAAGCUGAAAGAGGCAAAUGUGCAGAGAUUGUUGCUUUUCAACAAACUUUAAUUAAUACUGAAGCUUUUUUAUGAGCAUUAAAAGCAAACAACCAGCUUAAGGGCCUAUGUCCAUUAACACCAUGUUUUGAGCUGGCAGAGCCAACAGCCUUAAUUUUGCUUCGUUUUAUUAUAGAGUGCAGCUCUCUGGGCACUUACUAUUACUGGGCUAUUAAAGUUGUUCCCAGCACAUCUGCUUCCUUUUAUAGUGAUCAUUAAGUCUGUACCAAAAUGCCUUAUUUCCUUCAAAUUUGCUGUUACUCAGAGGCAGUGCAAAAAGGAUUAAUAGAAAUUGCGUUGUUGUAUUUGUAGUAGUUGUGGUUUGCUUUAAUCGUCUCUGAAAAAAGAGUGUGGGAAGUUUCUCCUCUGCACAGUUUGGCCAUCGUAGACCAACUUGGUAUAAGAAGUCUCACCCCUUUAUUGAUAUUUGGUAAGGUGUUGCGUGGAGGUGUUGCGUCCCAGAAGUUGGAGUAAAUCCAGGGAGCAGCGAAAAGAGACUGCUGACUCUGUGGUCGUUUUGGCCUUUGGAUGCUGAGUGCUGAAAAUACAGAACUUUAUUGCUUAUGUGGGGCAGAUAAAUGUUAGCAGCACAAAAAAAGAGAAAAAUGGCUUUGAUGGACACAGGCCCUAAAGCUAGAUUAUGUCUAUCUAUACACUGUAAAACUUCUAUCUAUUCUACUGGGCUGUCAUUUAUAUCAGUCUGCAAACUCACCCUGUCUUAAUCUGGUGAAGAUGUAAACAAGAGACUGGCUUUUAACCUGUGUGUACACUGUCGCUCCUCCCACAUCUCCAAAGCGGGCUUUUUUACCCUCUGUUUUACAAAGAUUUAUGCUGCCUCUUCUCAUAAAGAUCAACAGAGUCAACUCCUGCUGGUUUUGUUUUGCACACUUAAACAGCCCUAUGGCAUUCAGGUCCCUGUGUUUUCUCCAUGCCUCUAUUGGGUCAGUUCAUGUAGCAGAUCAUUAUGUGUCACAAAUAAAAAAAAAAAACACAAUAUAACCAGAUAAACAAUUAAAGUAUACAUGCGUCUCACUGUGAGCUGCCUUCUUUUGCCAAACAUACAACCACAUUCUGCUGCUAAAGGGGACCCUGCCUUUAAUGGAGGCAGACUUUUAUUGGGAGUUUUACUGUAGUUAUUUUUAUACAUCCUGAAACAGCUGCCACAGGGUAGAUGUUAGACAAAUGAAGCUGCAGAAACAACCUUUGUUUUGCUUUCCUCAACUAAGACUCUUGUUAUGGGUAUAUAUGACAGUAAAGAGAUGAGCAAAGGUGUCAGAGGUACCACUUUGAAGUUACACAAAUCAACACAUACUGAAAGUCAAUCACAACAGCUUUGACAUGUGAAUCAUGAUGAUUUUUACUUGCUUUCUUAGUGAUUUCAGAGUUUCAUUUAGUUUUCUUCCACAUGUCUAGGCCAGUUUUUGGCUUCUGAGGAACCAGGUGAUCAUGUACUUUCCUUGAGUUCUGACCAGCUUGAAAACACCAUCCUGGUCUGUGGAGAUAAAACAGGGCGGAUUCAGAUCUGGGACAUCUCUAAAUAUGGAUUGGAGAUUCCAAACACGGUGAAAAUGCAUGUUUGUGUCUUAUACUUGCUGAUUUAAAGUAAAUUGAUAUUAAAAAAAACACUAUUUAAAUGUAUGUGUUCCCUAACAGGGAGUCUGUGAGCAUCCUCCUCUGCUGCAGUGUUGGAGAGCACAUAGAGGAGCGAUAGUAAGUGUGGAGGUCCUCGAUGUAGCUGACAGGUUGUUCGUUCUCAUUGCUUCGGCUGACGGCUCUGCUGGACUGUGGACUGUGGACGGGGAUCAAGUGGGUUCAUUUGGGCAGGAAGUGAAGUGGAACAUCUACCAACCAGCUACUUAUAAGAGGUGAAAGUUAUGAGCUGAUGUGUCAAAUUAUAGGAAAAAAAGAAGGCUGAGGACAAGAAAAAUCUGAGCAAAUUCCUGGAAAAGCUAGCCUUUCCUCAUAUAAAAAACAGAUUUACCUAUUUGGGGUCAGAAAGAAUCUCUGCGUCACUCAUUGUCGUGCCAACUCUUCCAUGAGUGGAGCAUCAGAGGCCACAAAUGCUCAAACUGACUCAACUCAUUCUGCCUGUGAAGCAUAUUAGAUUAUACAAUCCAAAGUUGACAUGUGUAAACAUGGCAGCUUUUUAGGAUUAUAUCAUUCAUUCCUGCCAACACAUAGUAGAGUGUACGGGAGACGUCCAAACAAGUUAUGAUGUCAACCCUGAGCCCUGAGUGCUUUGUGCCAAAUCUAAUAUAGAGGACUACGUCAUGGUUGAGUGCGCCCCCCAAAACAAACUUCCCUCGUUGUUUCCACAGACACUGGAGUCUUUAAUAGACUUGGUUCGGUUAAAGGUCAUAAACUCUCUGGCGAGGUUCAGGCUCCUUUUGGUGUGCUUCACUGCGUUUCUGUCUCUUGUUGGGUAACAUGAAGCAGAAAGGAGAGAGCAAAUUUAAGAGGAUGAAGAAAGUGCAGUGAAGCAAAGGACAGAGUCAGAGCACGCUUUGAGGACACAUUCGCACUCAUACGAACUAUUGAGCAUCCAAAUUAGAUCAAAUGAGAGACACUGAGUUGAUGGCGUCUGCUGAUUGAGGGUUAUAUUCAAAUUUCAGCGGCUGUUUACAGCAAUUUAUUAAACGCUGGCGUGUUUGAGGCACAUAGUAAUACCGGGGAAUUCCUAAAUUGUUGAAUAGACUGGCAUUUAAAUUUUAGUACAAAUAUUUAAACACUUCCAGAUUGACUUCUUGAACCUUUAUGCAACAUAUUGUUCAAUAUAUAAUGUACAUUACAUGUUUUUUCAUGGCAUCAUAAUUACAUGUCUCUGGUGUAUCCUACAACCUCAAGUAUGAAAAAAACAGUUACCUGCCUUUUUCAUGCUCCAUUAAAAACAAUGAAGGCCUUGUAUAUACAGCUCAUUUUUUAUUUGAAGUAACUAGUAAUGUCCUGAACUAGGGUUAGGGUUAGGCACGAUGGCAUUACAGGCGACUAUUAAAAGAUAUUAAUUAUUUUUAAACAACUAGUGAUUCUGGUGCCAACUUGUGUGCAUGACAACAUUUGAUUGCUUUGUUAGCUAAACAUGCUAAUCAAAACAGCUAUGAACAUCAAACGAUGAGAACAGAGAUACUUUUACAGCUUUGUGCUGUUUGUUGGGAAAGUUUCGUCUCUUUUUUACGUCCUGUCUUUGUCUGUCAUGACAUGUAGUUUAUCAUCAUCCAUCUUGUUUUUUUUUUACUCUAAAUUCAUGUUUGAGCGUGAGCGGUUUUAUGAGAUUUCCAGAUUUGAAUGUUGGACUCUGGUUGUUGAUAAAUGAAUGUGUGAUUGUUAAGGGUGCUGAGUUGGUUAUCUUGUUGCAAAUCACAAAACUGUUCAAUCUUCAAGUGGGUGUCAGGGUUAAGAGUCAUGCUCAAUGUUGCACAGUUAGGGCUGUGGUGGGUUUGACUGACAGGUGGGCAUGUUGAAGCUGUUCACCAGGCAGUGAAGCUGUGGCAUCAGCCUCUUUCCUGGUUUCUUGAUGAGCCAAAAGUAAGUGGAAGUCAUAAUUUCCAUCGUGGUUAAUGCCAUCUUUGGGCUUCACAGCGCUUCUCCAGAAACCAGCGGGUGAAGUCACUGAGACGACAACCAUGUUUUAUACCAGUUUGUGGUUUUAUCAUUCAAAAUCUGCCUUAAAAAUGACCCCACAAUCCCACUGCACAAGAUGUUCUCUUCAGCAAUAGAAACUCCCGUUUCUUUACCCGAUCAGAUGUUUGAUACACAGCGGAUCAGCCUUAAGUUGUUCUGAGGACUUCUCAGCUUGAACAUUUAUGAAGUUAAAAUCUUGCAUAUGUUUGCAUCAUUAUCACACACACAUACACACAUAUACACACACACUAUGAAAGAAGGAGCACAGAGAGUGAAGGCCAACUACACCACAGUAAUGAGGACCAGCUCCAGUUCUGGUUUGAAUCAGAUCUAACAACAAACACAGAGAUAUCAGACUCUGAGAAAACGGCAUCCUGCAGAGAUCACUGAUCAAAGAUCUGUCGAGUCCAGUUGCAUGAGUAAAAUUGUAAAACCUGCCGGAUCCUAAGUAAACAGCUCUAUGUUUGCACAAGUGAUGUACUCUUCAACAAAAAGAUGAUAUCCUCUGGUUUGGACUUGUAUAGGGGAACACAGAAAAAACUGACAGAGGGGAGGACUGAAAGUGAAGACGUGAGGCGUAGCGAGGUCAAAGAUCGAGUACCUGAGCCAGUCAAAGAGGGUCAAACUUCAGAGGAAAAAUGCUGCUCCAAAGGUAACCAUUUAGCAUGCACAGGUGUUUCAGGUGUGGCACACACACAUUCACACACAUUUGGACUCUACUUGACCCUGAGUCACAUUUGGCCAUACUCUGGGAAUGUCCCGUCUAGUAAUUACCACUUUCGUCAGAGUCCUUCUGGACGUGCGUAUGGGUGUGUGGAGCGGCUGCUGCAUGAAAUAAGGAAGGUCAGGAUGGCUUCCCAAACUAAUUAAACCUGAUACUCUGAUUAAAUCAUGUCCAAUUUCAGCACAUUAUGAAGAGAAGAGCCAGGGCAUUCUUCACAUUCCCCUCCUCUGAAGUCUGGAGCUCGACUCGGGAACAUUCGGGCAAUGUUCUGCUCCAGAAACGCAAGCCAGAUUAAAAUUUUCUUUUCAAAGGUUCAAGGUUUUUCUGUUUGAGUGUGUGUGUGUCCACAAGACAUUUCCUACUCUUUCCCCCUCCUGUCUGCCCGUUACACAAAACUUGCCAAAAUAAGCGAUUAGCUGUGCUUUCUCAGUCACCACACCCUAGCAGACACGGUUAUGUACACACUGCACACACACUCAUACUUUGACUGAUAUUGUCUCUUGUCAUCCACUUUAGCUCCAUCUCUCAACCCUGAGGAGGACAAUCACGAGUGACCGCAGCGACCCCUGGUAACCUCUAUACACACAAUCAGAAGCUGAUGAGUGCAAACUCAGUGGUUGUCCACACCACUCACACACACUUGUCUCUCACAUCUCCACUGUUUUGUUUCCUCCGCUCACAUCCAUACAGCUAUCAUCUGUAAUCUGUGUGUAUCAGCCUCUGUGUGAGGACUUCAGCCAUGAGAGGAGACGUCUGUCUGAUGACAUCCGCCACAGCAAUCACCCUUGAUUGGAUGUUUUCUGCCGAUACCAUUUGUCUGCAAUAAUAAUAACUCAUCUCUUUUCAAUAGCUUCACACUCCUCUGUUGUUGAAAAAGUCUGUCAUAAAUUAUUUGAAUAUGUAUUUGAGUAAGUAAUUUUGGUAUGUUUGGUACAACUCACCUCCUCUCUUCCAGCAGACCUUAGGCCAUUCCAUUAGGACCGCUGCAGGGUGACGCAACUCAAGGAAGAACAUUUAUGAUCAUUUCUUCAUGAAAAUGCAAUCAGACCGAGGCGCUAAGGCAGAAGAACUACCACGUCUGCAGUGCAAAAUGAUUAAUAUGGUUAUUAUUACUCCACAGAAAUGAUAAAGAAAUGAUCAUAAAUGUUCUUCCUUGAGCUGUGUCACCCCGCUGUAGUCCGUAAUGGACUGGCCUGAGGUCUCACAACCAACAAGUGGCUGCUGGAAGAGAAUAGGUGAGUUGUGUUUAGUCUCUUUGCUUAAGAAAUUAGGCAAAAUUAAACAGAUGUUUGGUGGCUAGUGCUGUGGCAGGGACCCUAUCUGUACUGUGGAUGAAGUUAGGAGCUGUUCUGAGCAUUAUUUGUGGCUAUAGAGUGGCUUUUUGGUUGAGGUUUGUGUGUGGCUCCUCAGACUGUGUAUUGCUAUCGUGCGGUCGUUACUAAAGUUGGUAUAACUAGAGAAGCAAGCGGUCGGCAACAUUCAUCUCUCGAGGGGGUGUCUAACUUGGUGUUAUGGUGUGUUUGACUCUAAAUUAAUUUUACGCCAGAAUAUCCCUUUAAUGCUACAAACAAGGAAUUCACCAGAAUUAAGUGCUUAGUUUUUUUUUCUCCUUUUUUUUUCCCUUAAUUCAACCAGGAGAAAAAAACUCAUCGAAAUCAGUAAUCUCUUUUUAAGGUGUGUCCUGGCCAAGAUUCACAUAUUUUUCAGACUGAAUUUGCGAGCUGCUGCAAACUCUUUGCUGUCAGGCAGACAUAUAUUAACUCAAUCUGAGGACAGGACUUGGCUGUUCCCCCAUGUUUUUUGUGUCUAUGCCACAUUUAUCCCCAGGGUUAAUGAAACUUGUAGCAUACACUGUAGAUUUUAUUGUAAUAUUUACCAGAACCAUUGAGGACAUUUCAUCUUACAGUAACGUGAAUAAAAAGGUCUCUCAGAUAAGCGUUUUGCUUCCUUCUGCCCCUCCUCAAGUGCACGUGUGUUUAAGUUAUGUCAUCUCUUGGAUGCUUUGGCAUGUUUUUUAUCCGAUCGUUAAAGUUUGAAUAUAUUUGAGAUAAAGAUCAGAACAGAACUGUUUGUACCGUUUUUUUAUUCUCAGAAGGACUCGGUCUCCUUUUUCAAGCUAAAGGAAAAAAUUACAAAAAUGAGGGUUAAUUCAAUAUCCUCAGUGGAUUUGCUAAGACAGACUGACUUUACAUUCAAGCAUAGUCAUUUUUUCAUUCCACUACCCUCAUGUUGUGGUGUGUGAUGUGACGUGGCUCCUCUUCAGCAAGAGUUGUUCAGUUUUCAGCACCUUACAGCUACAUUAACUGAUCUGUCAUCCAUCAUAUCAACAGUCAUUUGACCUUUUUGCAAUUCAUUUUCCAGUUUUGCACAGGCCAAACUUAAUUUCAGGGCAUUAUAUAAACUCUACAUAGUGGGAGUGUUUAUUGUACUUGUGGUAAUCUUGUAGAUAUCCAGUAGCGGCUAGCAUAAAAUCACUGGUCGGCACAAUCCACUGAAAAAGCAUGAUCGAUUCUGGAGGAAUAUGAGGGCACACUGGCUCUUCCGCUGGCCUGGAUGCCGUGGCUGUGGUGCUCCAUGGACAGGCCAAGUUGUCCAAAAAAAUAGGAAUUUUGGUAAGCUAUAAUAAAAAAGGGAUAAAUGAAGGAAAGGCAGUUUAUUGCAGUUUUAUUCUAGGUACAACUGCUUUCAAAACCCUUAUUUCUUCUAUGGUAUUUUCUGUCUGAGCGAAACUUUCCAACUUCCUGUUUUUCUUUUGUUGAGUAGCCCGAUCAGAUUUUGUGCUGCAACAUUGUGAAUUCCUCUUUUCCUGUAGUCGGACGGCUUCAGUGUUUUCAUCUCAGUCUUUUAGAUAUUAGUUAAAGCAGGGAUGCCUCACUGGCUCAGCUCUUUGUUUGUAAAAACAGUUUUCUGAGCCUAAAGUUGAAAAGUCUGUUCCUCAUUUUUCUGCUCGUUUCUUCUUCCAGGAGAUUCUUCCUCUGGGAUUCUACCCGCAUUCCCCUGGGUGUGGUAGAAGAGUUUGACUGGCAUUAAAAGGCUCAGCUCACAGCAUCUGGGAGGAAAAGCGAGCCCCCCUACCUGUCCAAUUAGAUCUAGAGAUGCAGAAAUAAACACACUUUUUCUGCCCCUCUUAUUUUAUGGAGCCGGCUUGAGGGUGUUCAGUAAAAACCUGUGUUAUCAUGAAUUAUAUACUUUAUUAAAUUUUUGUGGUUUUACUGUCUUGUUCAGUUAUUUCCACCUUCAUUUUUCUCUUUCAUGAAAGGUUACUGCUCAUUAAUGUGACAUCCUUCACUUGGUCAGUUAAACAAAUGUCAGAUUUUAUGCAAAUAGACUCAAACUAACUAUGCUUAAGCAGAUAGCUUGACAUUUUGAUCAAAUUAUCUUUAUUUUUACUUUCUUGACAAAAUUUAGAUGAGAAGGGUGUCACUAUUUUCAUUAUGAAGUAGGAAAUUUAAAAGUACUCCAGAAACUAAUAAACUCAGCUGAACACACUGGCU